UCGCCCUGUUAUUUAAAGAGCACCCACACAACGUGGAACCUGCGCUCUGUCAGACAAAGGAUACUUACAGUGAUCUACGUAUAAUUAAAACUAUCGUUAAUUGCCAGACUGAAUGGGCAUUGUUGACUAAUUUUACUUUAAGUUCAAAUCAGCCAAAGACCACCAUGGAAAAAGUUCGUAGCAACAUGACAGCGUUUUGGAAGGAGCACUCACAGGCCGCCACAGUGGAGGAGAUGAUGCUGGACUCUCGGGCCAGGGAGCUGACUCAGCAUGAGCUGCCUGAGAUCCUCUCCAUGCUGCCCUGCCUGACCGGAUACAAAGUGCUGGAGCUCGGAGCUGGCAUCGGUCGUUACACCACCCACCUGCUGACCAAGGCUGCCCAUGUGACGGCUGUGGACUUCAUGGAAAGCUUUGUGGAGAGGAACAGACAGGAAAAUGGUCACCAUAGCAACGCUACUUUCAUCCGAGCUGACGUCACAAAGCUGGAUAUCCCCCCAAACAGCAUUGACUUCAUCUUUUCCAACUGGCUGCUGAUGUACCUGAGUGACGAGGAGCUGAAGUCCUUCAUAGAGAAGAUGCUUGGCUGGCUGCGGCCCGGUGGCUUUCUCUUCUUCAGAGAAUCCUGCAACCACCGAUCAGGUGACAGCAAGAGGGACUUCAACCCCACCUGCUACCGCACUGAGGCACAAUACAGCCACCUGGUAUCAUCAGUACAAGUGGAGGGGCCUGAGGGGGGCCAAAAGUUUGGUUUCGACAUUGUGUUGAAAAAGAAAGUUCAGACCUAUGUUGAGAUGAAGAACAAUCCCAAUCAAAUCUGCUGGCUGCUGGAGAGGGUUCCCCGCUCCUCAAACAACCAGAAUGGAUUCAGCACCUUCCAGCAGUUCCUGGACAACCAGCAGUACACCAGCCGCGGUAUCCUGCGCUAUGAGAAGAUGUUUGGGGCUGGUUAUGUCAGCACGGGCGGGCCCAGCACUACCAAGGAGUUUGUGGAUCUACUGAACCUGAAGCCCGGACAGAAGGUUCUUGAUGUUGGCUGUGGCAUCGGUGGAGGAGACUUCUACAUGGCAAAGACUUUUGGAGUGGAAGUGCUUGGCCUGGACCUGUCAGACAACAUGGUGGACAUCGCCAUGGAGAGGGCGAUCACUGAGAAGCUGCCUUCAGUCCAGUUUGAGGUGGCUGAUGCCACUAAAAGAACGUUCCCAGAAGGUUCCUUUGAUGUGAUCUACAGCAGAGACACGAUCCUACACAUAGAUGACAAACUGGCCCUCUUCAAACGCUUCCAUUCAUGGUUAAAGCCAGGUGGCCAGUUGCUUAUCAGUGACUACUGCUGUGGCGAAAAGCCCUGGACACCAGCGUUUGAGUCCUACGUCAAACAGAGAGGCUACGUCCUUUAUACACCCUCACAGUAUGGCAAGUUCAUUCAGGAGGCUGGUUUCUGCAACGUUCAGGCAGAAGACCGAACAGCCCAGUUCAUCCAGGUGAUUAAGACGGAGCUGCAGAGAGCAGAGGCCAUCAAGGAUGAAUUCAUUGAGGAGUUCUCUGAAGAGGACUAUUUCACAAUAGUGAAUGGAUGGAGAGAAAAACUGGAACGUUCCAACAGUGGAGACCAACGAUGGGGACUCUUUUAUGCAAUGAGGAAUUGAGUGAUUGCACCAAGAAUAGAGACGAUAAUAAAAGAAAAAAGGAAUGCUUCCUUCCUUCUUUCCCUAUUGUCUAUGGUUUUGUCUUUGAUAAGUUUCAAAGAAUUAAAAGUAAUUAGACAAAAUGCUGUCCAUGUGCUGAGUAAGCACAGUAUUAAUAUUACAAUAUUGACAUGGUACUGACAUGUUGUAACAAAAGUCCAUCAUUUUCAUAUAUUCAAAAUUAUAUGUGCAACAGUAUUUACUGUAUAAUCUUAUUUUGAUAACAUUUAAACAUGAAAAUGACAGUAUUGUCAAUUUUGUUUAUGAGAUACAUAAAAUAAUAAAAAGACUAAUAUUGAAUAAA